CUUCUCGUUUUCCCCCUUUCAGUGUCUCUCGUAGAGAAUAAAGAAUCAUCUCCUCACAAAUCGAAUAAUCCAUUCUCUCUCUCUCUCCAAAGACAAACACAAAAUUCUGCAGAAAUCAUAGUUGAUUAUGGCAGGAAGAGAAGUUCGUGAAUACACCAAUCUCACCGACCCCAAAGAUAAGAAAUUGGGUAAAGGAAAAGAUAAGAUUGAUGAUGAGGACGUUACUUUCCAACGUAUGGUUGCAAAGAUGCAAGAAGUUGCUGGGGAGCGUGGAGGUUAUCUUCAUGGGCGAGGCGCCUUGGACAGUGAUGAUCUACUAUAUCUCAAGGAGCAAAUGGAAGCUGAGGAAGAUGCAGAACGCCUCCUGCGUCGCACUGAAAAACGUGCAUUUGCUGCUUUUAAGAGAGCAGCAAGUUUAGCAGAUUCUUCACCUGCAUCAGUACCUUUACCAUUACGUGUGGAACCAAAGCCAAAGAGUGGGAUCAGGCAGCAAGAUCUUCUGAAAAAAGUUGUUGAGAUUAAACCUAAGCGACCAAGGUCUGAAGGCAAUAAGCCAAUGCAAGCUCCUAGUGAUGCUUCUAUUACUAAUCGGCAGCAUGAUCGUGAUAAUUUGAAAGACAACAAGCAGUGUUUGUCAGGACAGAAAGUUGAGGAGCGAUCUUUGUCUGGAUUGAAGAAAGUAGAGGAACACCCAGUGUCAGAGUUGCAUGAAAGUGAAACUAAGCCUAAGGUUGAUAACUCUGCCGGGGGAUUACUAGGCCUGGCAUAUGCUAGCUCAGAUGAUGAUGAAUGAUUGAUGAUGUGCUUGAUGGUAGAUUGCUUUUUUAAGUCAUUGUCUUUGUAGUUUUAGUACAGAAUGUUUGACUUAUUUAGAGGAAGUAUUGAAUUGUAGUGAAGAUGUGGAAGAAAGUUUUAAAUGUAUGAAACAUGUAGGAAGAAGGUUGUAAAAGAAGAAAAUGAAGAAUCGGAACAUUACUAUACAUCUAGAUAUAACUUAUGAGAUACAAUUUUGUUUAUCUUGCCAUGUUUUUGAAGAAUGUACGUACUGUGUAAAUUGUGUUCUCCCUUCAGCUCUUCUCAGUGGCCCCUAGAGGCUUUGUGUAGUUUGAAACCAUUAUCAAUGGUUGCAAUGUAUGUUUACCGGGCUUAA